AUGAUGCAACACGAACCCGGCGCAAGAAUGCCGGUAGCUGACCAAUUCUCCGAGAGCGAAGAUGAUGAGGGUUUUGAACAGUUUGAGUUCAGCGACGACGAAGACGCUGUGGACACCUCCAUGGACAUUACUUCCGCGGAACGAUCGCUUGCCAAGAAGAUCAAACAAACUGUUGAGGAGAGACAAGACCUGCACAACUUGAGUGACAUGGAUUAUGCUCAGCAUGCAGCCUUGGUGAUAGAUCAAAGCGAUCGUGGAGAUGAUCCUGAUUUAGGCUUGGUUCUGGAACGCAUCCAAGGCUUGCAGGAAUUCCGAAUCCAGUAUGAUGUGGACCACAGCCCUUCGCAGGGCGUCUAUUAUCUGGACCAAAUGAUGACACUGCAACCGGGUGCCAUUCUUAAUGUGGACGUCUGCCCCUUGACUGGAGAGGGGGUCUUAGCCUUUAACAGGGGCUCCAUUGAUCCCAACAUUGCCCUCCAGUGCUCUCCUGAAGAUACCGUUCCAGAACAGAACUGGAGGAUCCAUGCGGUUGCCAGUUACUACAUGGUAUACGCAAUUCUGGCUUCUCUGCAAACUACACGAGAAGGUAUCUUCUUCUUGUGGGAUGGUCACAGCAUGUCGUGGAAGAACAUCUCCUUGACAUAUUCCCGUCGCCUCGUUGAAGAAGUAUGGAUGCACGUACCCUUCAAGGUCAGCAAGUUAAUGGAAUACAAUUCCAACUCGUCUGCUCUCAUCUUCUGGGGUCUUUUGAAACCACUUUUACCCAAGGCAUGGACAAGCGUCAUGGAUUUUGGUUGUCAGGUCGAUACUACGACUCCACGAACCCUGAGUGAAUUGUACUUGCAACCCAAUCUGGAAGAAGCGAAACAUAGUAUCCUUCGAAGGGUGCACAGGUUGCUGUCGUUGAGGGCCAAGAAUGAAGCGUCCUUCCGAUUGUGA